AACGAUCAGUUUGCGCCUCUCUGCACACAGCCCUUGGUAGCCUGCGUCGCCGGGGAGGAUGAUUCUGGCAAGAGACCCGCGACUACGACAUGGCAUUUGAGGUGUCGUAUGAUCUCGAGAAUGAGCAACAGUUCUGGGACGAACUCGACGACAUCGUUUCCACGCGCUGCCACCAGCAUGAGAUAAUCGACAACUCACUACGGUCUUUUCUCAAUGUCACGACUAGUUACAAAUCCGAGUAUCUCCAAACCGACUAUAGCAUUGCAAAAUGCAUCUUUCGCAUGCUCGAGGGCGAGCUCUUUGCCAAGAAUAAACAAUACGUACGGCGGCAGAUAAUAUAUUGCCUGUUGCAAGAAGAUGACAAUCCCACACUUCACAUGGUCGCCGCGUUUCUCCUGUACGAUGGUCGAAAUAGCAGAGAUGACGAGGUAUUCGAGAUGAUGCAUUCCGAGGGCACGUUUGCAAGGCUGGUUGAGUUGGUGCAAAAGGAGAGUGUUCAGGAGGAAACAUCAUUGCAUCAGCUGCUGCUGCAAUUGCUGUACGAGUCUUCGCGUAUCCAGCGACUGACCUAUGAUGAUCUCAUGGCUGUGAAUGAUGCUUUCAUUCUUUACCUUUUGGGGAUUAUAGAAGGUGCCUCUGACGAUGCAGACGACCCUUAUCACUACCCGGUGAUUCGUGUACUUCUGGUUUUGAACGAGCAGUAUCUGGUGGCAUCUACCACACGUUACAGCGACGGACGGGCUGGCAUGACAAAUCGCGUCAUCAAAGCUAUAUCCACCCACGGCAUGACUUACAAGACCUUUGGAUGUAAUCUGAUUCUUCUUCUGAACCGGGAGUCGGAGACGUCCCUUCAGCUUCUUAUUCUCAAAGUGCUUUACCUUCUCUUCGGCAACCCCUCGACCGCUGAAUAUUUUUACACAAACGAUCUCCACGUGUUGGUCGACGUCAUUCUCCGGAACCUCAUUGAUCUCCCCCACGACUCGGCCGCUGCAAACGCAUUACGACACACAUAUCUUCGCGUCCUCCAUCCGAUACUGUUGCACAGCCAAAUCAGCAGACCGCCACAUUACAAACGCGACGAACUGCUGCGUCUCCUCCGCCUCCUCGUGUCAAGCGGGAACCAUUUCGCGCCCGUAGACGAGACCACCGUUCGACUUGUGAAUCGAUGUACCAGCGUAGAGUGGCUCCAGCCUGCUGCUGCAGAAUCACCCACAAACAGCAAUGGUAAUAGACAAUCUCCUGUCGAACAAGCAGCAAUGGGCCAGAAAGAGUACGCACGAAGAGCCCUGGGUAUGACUGUGCAGGGCGGAAAUGAAAGUUCAACCAGUGUCUUGGAAAUCGCAGGUCACACUGCUCAACCUGGGGUCCAGACGCCGAGUAUGACGAAGCAAGCGCAGUGAUUUUGGGGGCAGGAAAAUUGUAGGGUGCGUGUGUGUGUGUGUCUAUGUGUGUUGCUUCUGACAACUUUUUGUUCGUGUCGGGUGUGUUUUAAUUUUUCAAUGUUGUGAUUUUGGCUUUCGUGCGGGUUGGUUUUGAGCAAAAUGCUUCUUCUGUGAGCGAGUUGAGAUAUCCACUUGCAUUAUUCCUUUAUGAGUAUUGUGGUGGGAAAAGGGUGUGUGUGUGUAUGGGCUUUUUUAAUACAACAGGUCGAAUUCUUUCAUCAAUCGCUUGUCGUUUU